UUCUUCUGUGCGCCUCUUUGGCACGACGCUCGCUGCGGAGGAAGGGAAGAGAGGAGAGGAGGGGGAGAAGAAAAAAAAAAGAAAAAGAAAAGAAAGGCAGGCAGGCUCCUGUGCGCGUGCGCGUGGGUCUCUCCACGCGGGGACUGCGAGGGACUUUCCUGCUUCCUGUGGGAGCUCCGCGCCGCCGAGGAUGGAAGGCGAGAAGGGAGCGCGAGAAGCCCGCGACGCCUCCUGAAGCCCAAACCUUUGCGCGUUUUUGGAGAGGUGAAGGGGGGACCUCCUUCCGGACCCUCCCGCGUGGAAACGGCGGGAAAGAAACCCCAAUUGUGGGCGUUUUGCGAGACAAGAGACCCCCUCCAAGCCUCCCUUUGACUCCCAUCCCCGGGACUUGCUUUUUUCCCCGCGUGGAACGACGACCCAUUUCCAAGCGUUGCCUUGGAUUGCGCUUUGCGCUUUUUUUGGAGAGGUGAAGGGGGGACCUUCUUCCGGACCCUUUCGCGUGGAAACGGCGGGAAAGAAACCCCAAUUGGGGUCGUUUUGAGGGACAAGAGACCCCCUCCAAGCCUCCCCUUGACUCCCAGCCUCGGGGCUUGCUUUUUUCCCUGCGUGGAACGACGACCCAUUUCCAAGCGUUGCCUUGGAUUGCGUCUCCAAGCGCCAGGCUUGCAUUGCAUUGCUUCUCGAGCGGGACCUUGUUGGAGUUGGCCCCGAGAUACGAAAGAGGGAGGCUGAGAAAACUUGAAAGAGGAGGAGAAGAACGAGAAAAAAAAGGAAAAAAAGGAGAGUUUUUUGUUGUUUUUGUGGAGCCAGAAGGCAUCUCUCUCAGUCUCGCUUGGACCAAAGCGCGCUUCGCUUCCACUCUGUCGCCGCCUUCUCUCCUGCGAAACAUUUCCAGACGAAGGGUGAAAGCAAAGAAAGGAAAGACCUCUCCAUCCUGAGUCUUAUUAAAUGGCCUAAAGAAGGAGAAAAGCCCCGAAGGAAAGGAAGGAAAAGCCCCGAAGGAAAAGCAAUUUUUGUUGCCGGGUCUCCAGGAAUCCUUUUGCAAUGCCUUGGAAGACUCUCCGCUUGGAAUUAUGUGGAGGGCGACUGCAACCACCACCUUCGCAGGGAUAGCCCGCUGCGCCUACUCGCCUUGGCCUUCCUCUUCUUCCUCCUCCUCCUCCUCCUCUCGAGGAGGCCAUGCCGCGGCUGCAGUGCCCACCCAGGAGCCCCCCCGGCCCCCUCGGCCUGGCCUGGCCCCCCCAAGAUGGCAGCCCCCCAUGAGCCCCGCUCCUGAGCCCGCCUGCGACAUGCCCAACUUUGCCAACGCCGCCCAAGGAGAGGAGGAGGCUACCCACACUCACCGUCCUGGGCAUGGAUUUGGCCAAGAUGGCGCAGGUCUGCUGGGCUCUGCUGGUGCUGCAGGCGCUCCUGGCGGCGGAGUGGGCCCUGGUCCGCGGGGCCGCGGCGGAGAAGCGGAGCCCCCCAACGGUGCUGAACCUGGCGGUCAUCCUGGGCCGGACGCAGCUGGCCUCGGAGCGGGAGGUGCGGGGCCUCUGGACCCGCGAGCAGGCUGCCGGCCUGGCCCUUGACCUCAACGUGGUGCCCCUCCUGGUCAACCAGACCGACCCCAAGAGCAUCAUCACCAACCUCUGCGACCUGAUGUCCGGCACCAAGAUCCACGGCGUGGUCUUCGGCGACGACACCGACCAGGAGGCCGUUGCCCAGAUGUUGGAUUUUAUUUCCUCGCAGACCUUCAUCCCCAUCUUGGGGAUCCACGGCGGGUCGUCCAUGAUCAUGGCGGACAAGGACGAGAUGUCCACCUUCUUCCAGUUUGGGGCCUCCAUCCAGCAGGAGGCCAUCAUCAUGCUGAAGUUCAUGCAGUACUACGACUGGCACGUCUUCUCGCUGGUGACCAGCACCUUCCCUGGCUACCGGGACUUCAUCGCCUUCGUCAAGCACACUGUGGAGAACAGCUUUGUGGGCUGGGACAUGCAGGCCAUUGUGACGCUGGACACGGCCAUUGGGGACGCCAAGACCACCAUCCAGCUGAAGAAGAUCCACUCCUCGGUCAUCCUUCUCUACUGCUCCAAGGACGAGGCUGCCUUCAUCCUGGCCGAGGCCCGCUCCUUGGGGCUGACCGGCUACGAUUUCUUCUGGAUCGUGCCCAGCUUGGUGAGCGGGAACGUGGAGGUGGUCCCCAAGGAGUUCCCUGCGGGGCUGAUCUCGGUGGCCUACGACGAGUGGGACUACCGCUUGGACGCCCGGGUCCGGGACGGGCUGGGGAUUAUCGGCACGGCUGCCUCUGCCAUGUUGGAGAAGUACUCCUUCAUCCCGGAAGCCAAGACCAGCUGCUACGGACAGCUGGAGAGUGGCGACCGACCUUCCCAGACGCUCCACAGAUUUAUGAUGAACGUGACCUGGAAAGGGAGGGACCUGUCCUUCACCGAAGACGGCUACCAGGCCCACCCCAGGCUCGUGGUCAUUGUCCUCAACCAAACCCGCAACUGGGAGAAGGCGGGCAAGUGGGAGAACAACACGCUGAGCCACAAGUUUUCGGUGUGGCCCCGGUACAAUUCCUUCAACGACAGCGAGCCGGACAACAACCACCUGAGCAUCGUCACGUUGGAGGAGGCCCCUUUCGUCAUCGUGGAGGACAUGGACCCCUUGACGGAGACCUGCGUCAAGAACACCGUGCCGUGCCGCAAAUUCAUCAUCAUUAACAACAUCACCAAGGAAGGGAAGAAUGUGAAGAAGUGCUGCAAGGGCUUCUGCAUCGACAUCUUGAAGAAGCUCUCCAAGGCCAUCAAGUUCACUUACGACCUCUACUUGGUGACUAAUGGGAAGCACGGGAAGAAGAUCAACAACGAGUGGAACGGGAUGAUUGGGGAGGUGGUCAAGAAGCAAGCGGUGAUGGCCGUGGGCUCCCUCACCAUCAAUGGCGAGCGCUCGGAGGUGGUGGACUUCUCGGUGCCCUUCGUGGAGACAGGGAUCAGCGUCAUGGUCUCGCGGAGCAACGGCACCGUCUCGCCAUCGGCUUUUUUAGAGCCCUUUAGUGCUUCCGUUUGGGUCAUGAUGUUCGUCAUGCUGCUCAUCGUCUCGGCCAUCGCCGUCUUCGUCUUCGAGUAUUUCAGCCCCGUGGGCUACAACCGCAACCUGGCGCAAGGGAGAGAUCCUCAUGGACCCUCGUUCACGAUUGGGAAGGCCAUCUGGCUCCUCUGGGGUUUGGUCUUCAACAAUUCCGUCCCGGUCCAGAACCCCAAAGGGACCACCAGCAAGAUCAUGGUCUCGGUUUGGGCCUUCUUUGCGGUCAUCUUCCUGGCCAGCUACACGGCCAACUUGGCCGCCUUCAUGAUCCAGGAGGAGUUUGUGGACCAAGUGACGGGGCUGAGCGACAAGAAGUUUCAACAGCCCUAUGCCUAUUCGCCCCCGUUUCGGUUUGGGACGGUCCCCAACGGAAGCACCGAGAGGAACAUCCGGAACAACUACAAGGAGAUGCACGCCUAUAUGGUCAAGUACAACCAGAAGGGAGUGGAGGAUGCCCUGGUCAGCCUGAAAACUGGGAAGCUGGAUGCCUUCAUCUACGACGCAGCGGUGCUGAACUACAAAGCUGGCCGGGACGAGGGCUGCAAGCUGGUGACCAUCGGCAGCGGCUACAUCUUCGCCACCACCGGCUAUGGGAUCGCCCUCCAAAAAGGGUCACCCUGGAAGAGGGCCAUCGACUUGGCGCUCUUGCAGUUCGUCGGCGACGGUGAGAUGGAGGAGCUGGAGACACUGUGGCUGACGGGGAUCUGCCACAAUGAGAAGAAUGAGGUCAUGAGCAGCCAGCUGGACAUCGACAACAUGGCGGGUGUCUUCUACAUGCUGGCGGCCGCCAUGGCCCUCAGUCUCAUCACCUUUGUCUGGGAGCAUCUCUUCUACUGGAAGCUGCGCUUCUGCUUCACCGGCGUCUGCUCUGACCGGCCCGGAUUGCUCUUCUCCAUCAGCAGGGGUAUUUACAGCUGCAUCCACGGGGUCCAUAUUGAGGAGAAGAAGAAGUCCCCCAGCUUCACCUUGACCAGCUCCCAAACCAACAUGUUGAAACUCCUGCGGACGGCCAAGAACAUGACCAACAUGACCAACCUGAACCCCUCUCCCAAACGGACAGCGGACUUCAUCCACAGGGGUUCUCUGAUCAUGGAUAUGAUGAUGGACAAGGGGAACCUGAUGUUCCCGGACAACAACCGGACCUUUCCGCCAAAGGAGAACAUUUUCACAGACAACAUGAGUGACCUGCAGACCUACAUGGGCAACCGGCACAAGGACAACCUCAAUAACUAUGUUUUCCAAGGCCAGCACCCCCUGACGCUCAAUGAGUCCAACCCAAACACGGUGGAGGUGGCCGUGGCCACCAAGGCGGAGGGGAACUCGCGCCCGAGGCAGCUCUGGCGGAAAUCGGUGGAGUCCUUGCGCCAGGAAUCCCUUCGCCAGAGCCAAGGUCCGUCGCGAGAGUCCGAUUCGGAGGAGAACCGGCAGCACUCUUUGAAAGGGCCCCGAUUCCUCCCUGAAGAGAUCAUCCGCUCUGACGUUUCGGACACCUCCUGCCACGCGGAGCCGGCCGAGACCAACAACAAGCCCCACAAGUCCAAGGACAACACGAAGAAGAGACCCGUAGCCAAAUACCCAAAGGACUGCAGCGACGUUGAGUUGACAUAUCUGAAAAACAAAUCCCUGCCCCGGGAUAAAAUCUACAUCAUCGACGCGGAGAAGGAGCGCGGGUUCCGUCUGGACGCACCACAGUAUAUUGAGAACAUUAUCCUUCCGGAGUCGGUGGGCUUUUCGGAGGUGUAUCAGGAGCCCGACGAUAGCUACCACCCGGCAGAGACAUCGAGUAACAGGACGGCUUUGCCCGAUGAGGAGAGCCUUCCGAGCGAGGACCAGUACAAGCUCUAUUCCAAGCACUAUGCGGCGAAGGAGAAGAACGAGGCCAACGAGCGCUACCGACAGACGGCCACCCAUUGCCGGAGCUGUCUGUCCACUUUGCCCGCCUACGCCGGGCACUACUUGAGCCGCUCGCCCUACAAGUGCGACUCCUGCCUGCGGAUGGGGAACCUCUACGACAUCGACGAGGACCAGAUGUUGACGGACGCAGCCGCCGAGACAGUGCCGCGGGCAGAGAGCUACCGCCACAACUGGGUCCAGAACAACCAGACGCAGCCGCCCAAGAAGAGCAAGCUGAAGAUCGGACGGCAGCGUUCCUUCGACAAUCUUUUUGAAAAGGCCAGGGAGGCGGAUGCUGCGGCGAGACCGUCCCGCAGCAUCAGCCUCCGGGAGCGGGAGAAGCUCCUCGAAGGCGGAGGCGGAGGCGGCGGAGGCGGCCUUUUUGCGAGCCGCUUUAACGCUGCCCCGCAAAGCCAGUUCUUGAGCAACAAUGUUCCGCUUUUCACCCGCACUCUGGACGACGGGAAGAGGGUCCGGUCGGCAUACCCUGACCUCUCGGCGGAGACCCCUUUCCUACACUCGCUUUGCGGAGGCAGCGACGACCAGGCCUCGGCCCUCGGGCGCAGUCCGGGGAGCGUUUACCGACUCUCCUUGCCGACCAAAGGCGCGAGGAAUGAUAGUUACUCCCGGUCGUCGAUAAAGUCGACCGCCUCGUACUGUUCCAGAGACGGACGGGUCCACAACGACGUGUACCUUUUGGAGCCUGGGUUGCCUUACGCUGCAAAUCAGUUUAGCUCCUACACCACGCCGAGGGUGAUAAAUUCCUGCAGCAAUAGACGCAUAUAUAAGAAGAUGCCUAGCAUCGAAUCGGAUGUUUAGCGGUUUAUUUCCCUCCCCACGUUCCCCAAUUCAACACUUUUUUCUCCAUAGGGAAACAUAGUUGCCAGCAUUCUCUCCAGGCGGACGGGGAAAAUCCCUUGGCGGAUUGGCAACUAGUCAGAUUCGUGCGCCAAGCGGUUAUGUAGUUGCUCAAGAAAAAAUUAUUGGAAAUUAUGAAAGAUAAAAUAUCUCUCUCCAAGGGCGUAUCUCUACUACACACCUAGGUUAAUAUGGCUUUUAAGGGAAUUGGAAUUUCUUCGUGGGGCUUUGGAUUUACUACUACAGAUCCCAAGCUCCACUCUAAAAUAUUAGUUUUAUGUGGCUUUUAAGCCAACUGGAAAUUAAAAUUUCGAGGUGGUGCUUUGGGUUCAAUGCUACAGAUCCCAAGUUCCGUUCAUGAAAUACGGAGAAUGCAUUAAACCCUUUGCAGUCUGUAGUGUAAAUAUACCCUUGGGGUGAGUUCGGAAAUGAGCGUCGCGGAUAAACAUCGGAUGUCGGGAUCAACCCACCGAUUCCUGUUGGCAACUAUGUUAUUUUUCUAUUACAAUGGUUCUUUUACCUUUUGUCCGUCGGACCAUGUCCUUCCAGCACUUUCGCCCCUCCUUGUAAUUCUGUCCUCCCCAACUUUUAUUUAUUUAUUUUUUUGAAUAGAGAAAUAAGCAAUAUGGUAUGCAUGUACUUUGACACAGAGCAACUACAAAAACAAAGACAAAAAAAAUUGUUUAAGAAUGCAUUUGCACACUGACAAAACGGUAAGACUUGUCAAAGAGAUUAGAAAGUUAGUCUUUUUUCUAAAAAAAAGAAAAGAAAUAUAUAUACAGAUAUAUAUAUAUAUAUACAUAUAUAUAGCUAGAGCUAUAUGAUUUAGUCUCAUCUUUGUUUUUUAAACACAGUCAAGCAAAAGAGAAAAAAAACCUAAUCUCAGGGCCCAUGAAUGGAAAACGAUAUUGUGUUCAUCUGUGUCUGUCUUACAGAGACCAAGGCUGGCUUCCACCACGGACUCCUCCUCCUCCUCCCUUGCCAAAUCCCAUAGAAAGGAGUGGAAGGGUUCCCAUUGCUCAUUGAGGCUCCACUUGUUCCCAAACUGGGAGAUGUAGUGUGCAACUGGGAAUGGAGAAAUAUGCCCCAGGAAAGGGCGAGGUAGAUGGGGCAUUGGUGGCCCAUCUCCAUCUCUUCAUAGAGACUGUGGAGACCACACUAGUCUCCAUCAGAAUCAUGGGGGGCUUCUGUAGGACCCCUACCAGGUGACACAGGUUGGGAGAGAGGGAGCGUUCUCUUGGCAUUUCUGCAUCAUGGCCAAUCUGGCAUUGAACCUCUGAGGAACCUUUGAGGAACCUCAAACCAAUCCUGGACCCCAGCGCCCAAUCUAUCAGAGGACCUCUUGACUGGUUGGAAUCUAUUAGGGAUCUCCAACCUAUCAGGGACUUUGGUGUCCAACCUAUGAAGAUACCUUAGGAAGGCAUCCAACCUAUCAGAGAUGUCUGAUGUCCAACCUAUCAGGAACACCAGUGUCCACCUAUUGAGCUUCUCUGAUAUCUAUAGGUACUUCUGAUAGGUUGGAACCUAUUGGUACUUCUGAUAGGUUGGAACCUAUUGGUACUUCUGAUACGUUGGAGCCUAUUGUUACCUCUGAUGGGUUGGAACUGAUUGGGGGACCCCAGGUGUCCAGCCAAGCCAUGGCCAAGUCUCUCUUCCAACCAGAUAGUUCUCCUAUCUAGGGGUCAACCUGUCCCAGCCAUGGAGGAAUGUUCUCUUUUUCCUCGGGCCUCUCCCUAUGCAUGGAAGAAGUUUGUAAUGGGUUCUUCCGGUUGUUGUCGUGUGCUUCUUUGGAGGAGACAUUCCGGUGUGGAGUCUGUUGGCACUGCAGCCAAAAAAAGCAGACCUGGAUGGAUAGCACUUUAUGGUUGAUGUCACUUUAAAAAAGGUUCACUUUAGUCUCAAAAGAGUCUUGUUGUCUGUAGGAAAGAGGCAAGAGGGUUUGGGCAGCAGAUAGGGUCAGGGGUGCAUGCUUCCUUCUUGUUGGCCUCGACCCUAGUCUUAGUUCCAACAGCAGUAGACCCAUCAAUGGGAUUGACCCAAGUGUUGACUUGCCAUUUAUCAAUAGAAUGGGUCUACUCAAUUGGAAACCAGUGCAGUAGACCCAUCAAUGGGAUUGACUCAAGAGUUGAGUCACCAGUAGAAUCAGUCUACUCUAAUGAGACCAGUGCAGUAGACCCAUCAAUGGGAUUGACCCAAGUGUUGACUCGCCAUUCAUCAAUGGAAUGGGUCCACUCUAUUGGGAACCAGUAGAGUCAACCCAUUAGUGGGAUUGAUCCAAGUUUUGACUUGCCAUUCAUCAAUGGAAUGGGUCCACUCUAUUGGACACCAGUGCAGUAGACCCAUCAGUGGGAUUGACCCAAGUGUUGAAUCACCAUUCAUCAACAGAAUGGAUCUACUCCAUUGGAAAACCAGUGUAGUAGAUCCAUCAAUGGGAUUGACCCAAGUGUUGACUCACCAUUCAUCAAUGGAAUGGGUCCACUCUAUUGAGAACCAGUAGAGUCAACCCAUCAGUGGGAUUGAUCCAAGUGUUGAAUCUCCAUUCAUCAAUGGAAUGGGUCUACGCCAUUAGAAACCAGUGCAGUAGACCCAUCAAUGACGUUGAUCCAAGUGUUGAAUCACCAUUCAUCAACGGAAUGGGUCUACUCUAUUGGGAACCAGUAGAGUCAACCCAUCAACGGGAUUGAUCCAAGUGUUGAAUCACCAUUCAUCAACGGAAUGGGUCUACUCAAUUGGAAACCAGUGCAGUAGACCCAUCAAUGAGGUUGAUCCAAGUGUUGAAUCACCAUUCAUCAACGGAAUGGGUCUACUCUGUUGGGAACCAGUAGAGUCAACCCAUCAACGGGAUUGAUCCAAGUGUUGAAUCACCAUUCAUCAACGGAAUGGGUCUACUCAAUUGGAAACCAGUGCAGUAGACCCAUCAAUGGGAUUGACCCAAGUGUUGACUCACCAUUCAUCAAUGGAAUGGGUCCACUCUAUUGGGAACCAGUAGAGUCAACCCAUCAAUCAGAUUGAUUCAAGUGUUGAAUCUCCAUUCAUCAAUGGAAUGGGUCUACUCAAUUGGAAACCAGUGCCGUAGACCCAUCAAUGACGUUGAUCCAAGUGUUGAAUCACCAUUCAUCAACGGAAUGGGUCUACUCUAUUGGGAACCAGUAGAGUCAACCCAUCAACGGGUUGAUCCAAGUGUUGAAUCACCAUUCAUCAACGGAAUGGGUCUACUCAAUUGGAAACCAGUGCAGUAGACCCAUCAAUGGGAUUGACCCAAGUGUUGAAUCAUCAUUCAUCAACGGAAUGGGUCCACUCUAUUGGGAACCAGUAGAGUCAACCCAUCAGUGGGGUUGACCGAAAUAUUGACUUGUUGUUCAACAAUGAAUUGAAUGGGUCUACUCCAUUGGGACCAGUACAGUAGAUCCAUCAAUGUGAUUGAACCAAGUAUUGAGUCACCGUUAAGAAAUUGAUUGAAUGGGUCUACUCCAUUGGGACCCAUUAAUGGGAUUGACCCAAGUAUUGAGUCACCGUUAAGACACUGAUUGAAUGGGUCUACUCCGUUGGGACCAAGGCAUAGGAUCCAAGGACCAGGUGGAUCAUGACCCCUUUCCUUGUUCAGCCCAAACCGAUCCUACAUUCCAGGGAGAAGAUUCUGGAGAGACCCGUUUGGGGACUGAAGCCAAAAAAUUAGGGGGGAAAGGAAACGUAGGCCCAAUGCAUUGCACUUGUCCGGUGUUGGUUUUCAUGUCCAGAUACUUCAGUUUUGUUGCGCGGUUGCUUAUAUUUUGUAACGAAUUGGGUUUGUAGAAAACACACACACACACAACUUCCACCGUCCGACAUCGCAACUCUUAAAUCUCGACACAAAUUUUCGGUGUUUCUUAUUUCCGACCCCAAAGGUCUUUGUGUAUGGAGCACGCGUCUGUGAAGCCGUCGAGACUUUGUGACCUUAACUUGAAUCCUCAGUGUGUCCAUGUCUCUCCUGUGUUGGUGAUGAUAACUCAGGGCUGUAUAGUAUCUCUCCCUCCCUUGUCCUUUCUCAUUGCUCCGAAAAACGGAUCCUCGUUGCCAAAACAAUGCUCACUCGUUUGUUUACAACCAAACGUCGGUGUUCGUUGUCCUGAACCUAUGACGCCAGCAGCCAUAGAUGUGGAAUGGACUCAACCAGGAAUGCCGCUCCAUCUUGUUUUCCCCACAGCACUUCUUUCCGGUGAAAUGCCAUCUAUAUCUGUAAGCAUGUUUGGACCUUUCAUUUCUCAAAAUGCAUCUGAAAUACUCGAGAUCUGCACCUGAUUUAUAUAAUCCCAUAGAUCACGGCUGGGGAGUUUCCCGCAAAAGAUGAAUUCUGAUCCCAAAUGGAUGUUUUCCCCCUUCCGUCUCCAAAUUUCUAGCAUCGAGACACCGAAAAGUUUGAACUUCUCUUUGCUGUGUUUGCAUUGCCUUGUGGUCACUUUGCUUGUUGCUUUGGAUGCUUGGUUCUAAAUGUUCAAAGGAGAAUUUAGGUUUCUGCCAUGUUAGUCAUGUCAGAGUGGAAGGGAAAUCUCAUUGUGGGAAUCGUUCUGGUUUGGGGAGGAAAUGCCAUCAUUUUGCCUCUGCCCCAUAGUUACAUCCCCGCCGGACUCAAUAUUAUAUCGAUAUGCAGUAUGCGAAUCUACUUUGCCUUUUCUUCGAAACGAGGAGAGGAACACAGAUCGUAAUUUGUCAAUAUCACAUUAUCCCCGUGGAUCGAUUUUGCGAAACCGGGUCUUUCAGGAAUCCUAGAGGUCAUAUGCAAAGACAUAGCUGCCUUAGUCGGGAUCCGUGGUGAAAAGGGUUUCUUGUUGCAUCUUGGCAUCGAAGAAAACAGUCUAUGAAAGCUAACAAUUCCUUUUUUUCCCCAUUGAAAGUACAGUAGAGUAAAUCCUCAGCCAAGGGCAGGCGGAGCAUUUUCCAAUUUCUAGUUUCACGAUAAAACCCAAACAGCAAAAUUAGGAUCACAAUGGGUGCCCGUAUUUUACUCCAAUGCAGAAAUUGACAUCUUUCCUCCUCAAAUAUCAUGCUUGCAUUUCUUGCAUGAACCAUAACCAGCUACAGUAGAGUCUCAGUUAUCCAAGCUAAACGGGCCAGCAGAAGCUUGGAUAAGCGAAUAUCUUGGAUUAAGGAAAAGCCUAUUAAACAUCAAAUUAGGUUAUGAUUUUACAAAUUAAGCACCAAAACUUCAUGUUAUACAACAAAUUUGACAGAAAAGGUAGUUCAAUGCGCAGUAAUGUUAUGUUGCAAUUACUGUAUUUACGAAUGUAGCACCAAAAUAUCAUGAUAGAUUGAAAACAUUGACUACAAAAAUGGCUUGGAUUAUCCAGAGGCUUGGAUAAGUGAGACACUACUGUAUGUCAUAUUUAGAUCCGUUGUGUGCUCUCCUAUGGCUGAGUUUGCUCCUCAGAAGGCUUGCAAGGGAAUGCCCAUUAAAAGUCACCAUAAGGUGAAUGAGAAUGAGAAUAGGAAGGACAAUUUUGCCAGAUUAUUUUCAUCCUUUAGAAACUCCAUACUAAAUACCAAAAGAUUAGAUUUUGGCCUUAGAAGAUAACCAUGGAAAGUCAUAUAUUGUGCUCUAAAUGUCAACUUUUGUUACGAAAAUGGUGGUCCAUGGGCUGGUAGUGGUCCGUCUGCAGCGACUUUCUACGAAAGGUUGAAAGAGUGGAAGCAAAUGGGGAAAAUAACCCUGCCCCUCCACUGGGAAAAUGCUCAUAUCAGCCACUAUUUUGGGUUAUUUAGGCUGCUGUUCUUUAAAAAACCAUGGUUAGAAUUCAGGAUUAGACUGAUGAAGAUGUACCGGGAGUAAUAUUGUUGUAGCGGAAGUGCUAUUCCUAUAUAGUGCUGAUUAUAUUGUCGAGAUUGUAACUGCCCCCCUAAAAUGUAUUGUAUUUCUUCAGUUCUAAGCCAUGCUUUUUUUCCUAGACAAAAAUGGAAUCACCAGGUGUAUCUUAUGUAUUUUUGUUGGCAGUUGUGGUACCAAAAUUGCAACCAUUGAAGAAAUACGGUGCAUUAUGAGGCACCCGUUCCAUGGAGGGAAGGGGUCCUCUUCCUUUUGGUGAUCCGAACUGUCGGAUCAGAACCAGGACCCCUCUUGCAGCUUUGCAAUUGAGGGAGAAUGGGGUGAAACGUCAAUCACAGAGACCCCCUUCUCUCCAUGCAGAGUAGAUAUGAAUUGUGAACCAGGUUAUGCAACUAAUGUCAUUACAUAACCAAGUGGCGCAUGGAGAAUUCCAACCUGGGCUGCCAUUCUUAAUUCAUUGCGCUGUUUUAAUCAUCCUCGUGAGCCUUUUGUGGCAAGAAAAUGACUCAAUGUUUCACCCCGUUGCCGUGUUAUAUGCAUGCAGAGCCUCCUUGGAUCCUUUUCUCUGAUAUAGUUUGAGGGUUGUGUUUGUAGUAUUGUCCAUCGGUGAAUGAGCAGGUGCAUUUGUAACAACGUCGAGGAACGCCAUGGGAGCAAAUUGUGCACCGCCUCUCCGUCUGGGCUCCGUCUCCGUCGCGGCAUUGGGUCAUUGACCCAAAGCAGAGGAGCAUGACUCAUGCCGCCGAGAACACUUUCCGCGGAUUCGGAAUAUGCUAAUGUUCCCAACUCCUCGGAGUUUAAUAGCUGUAAUGUAACCUUGUCCAACAAGACCACAUUUAGAUCUCAUCCGAUCAUUACAAAUUCGGGUCAUUCGAGAAGUGUCCUCGUGGCACUCCCUUGUAACACGAAUUGCUUCUCCGAGUCCACGACUCUCAUCCUUCCUAUCAUUUCCGAGGACUCGAAAUGAUUCAUUUCUUCUCCCCACCCAGUCCGAUCUCAUUGUUCUUUUCCAUCCUCGCUCCGUCUUUCCCGCUUCCGACUUUGCUCCAAAAGGCUUUGAAUCUGUAGUUCUAUUUAGAGCAGAGAGAAAAGCGUUCGGCAGCCUUUAAAGUUCUUAUUUGACUUGAUCUAACCACGACGCAGAAGUGCUAAAUCAUCAGCCAAGGGCAGGCGGAGCAUUUUCCAAUUUCUAGUUUCACAAUAAAACCCAAACAGCAAAAUUAGGAUCACAACGGGUGCUCAUAUUUUACUCCAGUGCGGGAAUUGACAUCUUUCCUCCUCAAAUAUGCUUGCAUUUCUCUACAGUAGAGUCUCACUUAUCCAAGCUAAACAGGCCGGCAGAACCUUGGAUAAGCAAAUAUCUUGGAUAAUAAGGAGGGAUUAAGGAAAAGCCUAUUAAAUAUCAAAUUAGGUUAUGACAUCUUUGAAAUUGACAUCUUUCCUCCUCAAAUAUCAUGCUUGCAUUUCUUGCAUGAACCAUAACCAGCUACAGUAGAGUCUUACUUAUCCAAGCUAAAUGGGCCGGCAGAACCUUGGAUAAGUGAAUAUCUUGGAUAAUAAGGAGGGAUUAAGGAAAAGCCUAUUAAAUAUCAAAUUAGGUUAUGACAUCUUUGAAAUUGACAUCUUUCCUCCUCAAAUAUCAUGCUUGCAUUUCUUGCACGAACCAUAACCAGCUACAGUAGAGUCUUACUUAUCCAAGCUAAAUGGGCCGGCAGAACCUUGGAUAAGUGAAUAUCUUGGAUAAUAAGGAGGGAUUAAGGAAAAGCCUAUUAAAUAUCAAAUUAGGUUAUGACAUCUUUGAAAUUGACAUCUUUCCUCCUCAAAUAUCAUGCUUGCGUUUCUUGCAUGAACCAUAACCAGCUAUAGUAGAGUCUCACUUAUCCAAGCUAAACGGGCCGGCAGAAGCUUGGAUAAGCGAAUAUCUUGGAUAAUAAUACCCUAGCACUCGGAGCUUAUGUUUGUUUGUCUUUGCUCUAUGUUAAAAGGCAUUGAAUGUUUGCCUAUACAGUAGAGUCUCACUUAUCCAACAUAAACGGGCCGGCAGAACGUUGGAUAAGCGAAUAUGUUGGAUAAUAAGGAGGGAUUAAGGAAAAGCCUAUUAAACAUCAAAUUACAUUAUAAUUUUACAAAUUAAGCACCAAAACAUCAUGUCAUACAACAAAUUUGACAGAAAAAGUAGUUCAAUAUUCUUUUUUUAUGACUUGUUUAUUGUACUAGCCAUAGGCCAUGACAUCAGAGUUCAAUAUUCAGUAAUGCUAUGUAGUAAUUACUGUAUUUACAAAUUUAGCACCAAGAUAUCAUGAUGUAUUGAAAACAUUGACUACAAAAAUGCGUUGGAUAAUCCAGAAUGUUGGAUAAGCGAGUGUUGGAUAAGUGAGACUACUGUAUGUGUAAUGUGAUCCACCCUGAGUCCCGUUCGGGGUGAGAAGGGCGGACUAUAAAUGCUGUAAAUAAAUAAAUAAA